AUGUCGGACUCUCAGUCUCCUCCUAAGGAUGUCGAACAAGGUGCUCAGUCGCCUGAAGACGAAGGCCAGAUGAACGAGCAAGACCCACAGUCUGCCGGCCCCGGCUACGAGUUCGAAGGUGUCAAGGAGCAGGACAGAUGGUUGCCUAUAGCGAACGUGGCUAGGAUUAUGAAGAACGCUCUUCCGGAGAACGCCAAGAUUGCCAAGGAAGCUAAGGAGUGCAUGCAAGAGUGCGUUAGCGAAUUCAUCUCCUUCAUCACAAGCGAGGCGUCGGAAAAGUGCCAGCAGGAGAAGCGCAAGACUGUCAACGGUGAAGACAUUCUGUUUGCCAUGACGUCACUGGGAUUCGAGAACUAUGCGGAGGCCCUCAAGAUCUACCUGUCAAAGUAUCGCGAGCAACAGAGCCAGAGCAACCGUGAGCGAGUGAUGGAAAACCCCGGAUGGAGUAGCGGUAUCGGCGACGAGAAGCUGGGCGAGGGUGCUGAGUACGGUGCGUCCGAGGGGCCUGGCGCUGUCGAUGCCACCGGCGAUGUCAGCUACAUCUAUGGCGGUGCGCAGGCUGGUCACGCCGACUCCGGUGCCGGCAACGGUUAUUAG